AUGGAUCUGAGCAGGGCUAUCAUGCAACGAAUUGAGGACACGGAUAAGGGCUUGGUAGAUCAGAAGAAGAUAUCACGACAGAAGUUGGUCAAGACUAUUGAGGGUCAAUGUGCCCUCGUCCAAGAGCGCAUCUGGAAGUUCGUGGAGACCUUCACUCGUAUCUAUGACAGUGGGAAUAGUAGUGUCAAGGCCCUAUGGACUCAGCUUCUAUGGGUGCUAAGGAAACCAGACAUUGCAGAGCUGAGGGCCCUGAUGAGCGCCACCACACAUGGUGCGAAUCUUGUCGCAACGCUAUUCCUGCUCCAUGGCGAAAAGAUGAAGAAUGAAAUUAAUGAAGCGAAGGUGAAAAUGUUGACGCAGAACCUGAAAAUCGAGCGGCGGGCGGCAAUACAAGCAAAGAAGGAGCUAGAAGCAAUCAAGCAGAAAUUCCGCCUUGGAUCUCGGGAUACAGCUCUCGAACACCCCAACGCAUUCACGGAAGGUAUACACAGAAUUGAGAAGGCUGUGAUCAGAGCAGUUAAAGAGGAACUCGAACGUCAAAAAGACGAGGGGCAUGAUGAAGGGCCGGGUCACUCUCCAGGAUCGAGUAGGCGCAGGCCAAACCCACCGGAUCGUCCACCACCUGGUACUACCCCUGAACGUAUCAUACCAAUACAGCCUGUUCAUAGAAGAAACAUUCAGCCCGACCUUAGCAGGAACCACUCAGAUGAUGAUGCGACCGAGGAGCACGUGAAGCCGAUCAAGAUACGGCCAAUGCCAUCCGAAAUACAGUUAACUGGACCAACACUGUCAGUCACUAGGCCGGGUCCGUCACCACUCCGGAGGCAGUCUGGGUGGCGAAUCCGUGAUACUGGUACCGCAUUUUCUGAAGAGUGGGGUGAAUGGCCUCCAGGCCUGCAACCAAAAUUUGAUAUAGCAGAUGAAGAUCCUAAGAAUGAGACUUCUCAACUGAUGCAAGGCCGCAACCUGAGUAUUUCGCGGGUAGUCAACUCUGGCCCUGUUGCACCGUCGUCAUAUCCAUUGAAGCAGAAGUCAGUGGAAGCUGAGUCUUCUCGUGACAAGGGUAUUGCACAAGGGACAGUUCCGGCUCCAGAAAAAGUUAUGAGGCCGGUAAAUGAGAGUCCCAAACUCUAUCGACCUGUAGCACCAUUCGGUGGCCCAGGCACGCGCAGGAGACCAAGGAGACCCUCGCGUCAAUAA